CUGCAUAGUAAGCUUUACUAGCAUGGUGAGAUGCCUUGACUGGAGACACUUGAGGCCGUGGUUUCACUUUCUAAUUUUGCAUUUUAGGCGCCAAGCCCAUCUCUGUGUGCUUGCAUCCAACUGUGAUGAGCCCAUGUAUGUCAAGCUGGUGGAGGCACUCUGUGCCGAGCACCAGAUCAACCUGAUCAAGGUUGAUGACAACAAGAAACUAGGGGAAUGGGUAGGCCUCUGUAAAAUUGAUCGAGAGGGAAAACCACGGAAAGUGGUUGGUUGCAGUUGCGUUGUAGUUAAGGACUAUGGCAAAGAAUCUCAGGCCAAGGAUGUCAUCGAGGAGUACUUCAAAUGCAAGAAAUGAAUAAAUAAAAUUUUGGCUCAAAAAAAAAAAAAA